UUAUAGCGGGACUGUGGCGGGCAUUCUGACACUGGGGGAACUGACUAUCUGCCACUGACAUCCCCUGUGACACUAAUACAGUGAUCAGUGCUAAUAAAAAGCACUGACACUGUACUAAUGACACGGGGCAGGAAAGGGUUAACAUCUGGGGCGAUCAAAGAGUUAACUGGGUGCUGUGUGCUUUAUACUAUGUGUGCUGUGUGUGUUUUACUAUGUAAGCAUGCUGCUUUAUUUUGCUCUGCUAUGCAGAGCAAUACAAAACAGCAUGCUGAUGCUGAUAGGGGAGAGAUCUGUUUACAUGCAGACCUCUCUCCUAAAUGCAAAAUC